AUGAUGAAUAAUUAUAAUUUAACAUAUCGAAUAAUUGAUACGUUAAAACGAUUCGAGUCAAAUGAUAAAGAUUCUCAAUAUUGUCAGACUUAUUUAAUAAAUGAUGAAAAAGAUAAAAAUAAAACAAAAUAUAUUUUACGAUUAAUCGAUCUUGAAAAUUUAACAAAUUUAACUGAAUUUAUUAUGUUAUAUGCUAAAAUUCAAGAUUCAGAACUAAUUUUACUUGAUCAAGCUCAAUUAACAGAAGAAAUGAUGACACUUAAUGAUAGUAGUAGUAAUAGUUUAUAUAUUGAAGAAAUAAAAAAACGAAGAUAUACAAAAGAAUUUCAUUUAUUUAUUAAAUCAUGUGUAUCUACACGUUUUGAAUUAAGAUUAAAUCAUAAUCAAUAUUUACUUUAUAAUAAUAUGAUUAAAUUACUUGAAAUUUGUUAG